ACUUGUCAAAAUGAGUAUAGAUUCUUGUUACGAAGGUAUAAUUCAAAAGUUAACUUUACAAGACAAAGUAAAAAAAAUAUCUGAGAAACUGUUAACUUGUAAAACAAAUGCAGACAGAGUUCUGCAAGUUUAUGAUGUUAUUAGUGAUUUAAAUGCCUUCCCAGAACCACUUGAGGUUAAUAAGUCAACUGAUUUGUCUUUAUACUACCGUAACCGUGGCAACGAGUGUUUCAAGAAAUCUCAGGACUUUGAGGCCUGGCAAUACUACAACUUGUCCUUGCUCCAUGCUCCAACAAGCUCAGAUGAUUAUGCAUUAGCUUUGUCGAACAGAUCAGCUGUAUUUUUCUCUUUAAAAAAAUUUAAGGAAUGCCUAAAAGAUAUUAAAAUGGUACUAACUUUAAAUUACCCAGAAAAGUUACAUGAGAAGCUUGUUAAAAGACAAAAGUCUUGUGAAGAGUGCCUUAAAUUAGAUUUGAAUAACUUGAAAAGUUCAAUUUCUGAAAGAUCUCAGGAAAUUGAUGAAAUAACAAAAUUAAAAAGUCCAAGAGACAGCACAUAUUUGUGCGCUAGUAACAAACUUCAAGUGGCAUACAGUUCAGAGAUGGGGAGGCAUGUCAUUGCCCGAGAGGAUAUAAAAGUUGGAGAAGUGUUAGUCGAAGAAAAUCCAUAUUUUAUUUUGUUGCAAAAAAAUGAAUACUUAUUCAGCUGCAGCUAUUGUUUGUCAAGAGACAUGAAUCUCAUUCCUUGUGGUAAUUGUUGUUUUACUUUAUUCUGUAGCGAAGAAUGUAAGAAUAGAGCAGAAAAGGACUAUCACUCUAUUGAAUGUCCAUUAAUGGCUGCUCUUAUUGAUUUGCAAUUUACAAAAUUGGAAUUGCUUGCAUUGAGAACUACUAUAAAAGCCCGCAAUGACCAUACAGAUUGGGAAAGUCUGUUCAAGACCAUUGAAGAUGCUGAAUCAAGAUUAAAUUCAGAAAAUAGAGGUUGCAUUUUAGAAGAUGAUAAGUGGAUUUAUGAUUCAAAAUAUUAUGCAUCUAUACAUACAUUAGCUACAAAUAUUGAGAGGCGAUCCAAUUCUGAUGUGUUUCAAAAAGCUGUCACUGCUGCGGUUUUUUUGAAAUUUUUGUCUGGCAAAACACCUUUUCUCAAUAAUAAUGAGAAAGCCCGUAGAUGUGUGUCUGAUUUGUUACUGCUGCAUAUUAUGACAAGUGCUACAAAUAUGCAUGGUUUGAGUUCGAACAUUGAGAAUGCGGAGGGCAAUUUUGUUGAAGAGUUGAGUAUAGCGAGUGCUCCGUAUGCCUUCCACAGUCUUCUUAAUCAUUCUUGUGCUCCCAAUGUGGUGCGGUUCAGUAAACUGGGCUCUGGGAAGAUGACUUUGUUUGCUCUCCGGCCAAUCAAGAAGGGAACACAAAUUUUUGAUAACUAUGGAUCACACCACGCUCUCCAAGAUCUGAAGGCGCGGCAAGCGAAUCUCAAAUUCCAAUACAAAUUCAAAUGCGUUUGCGAGGCUUGUGUCAAUAAUUGGCCCACUUACCACACUAUGAAGAUGUCAUUCAGUAAGACAAAAGUCCCAGCAAACGUUGUCCUGCGCAAGGAACAACUUUUAAAUAUCGCUAUUAUAGAUAAACUACAGAAAGGAGAUGUAAAUACGGCAGUAAACAUUUUUAAGCCUCUCUGCGAGUUGACUGAGGUGUUGGACACCUUUGCCCCUAACAUAGAACUAGCAGAGUGCCAAGAAACGCUUAAACAGUGCCUUGCUAUCUUUGGUGGACUAGUGCCUUAUGGAUAUAGUAGACUUGUUGAAUGGGACGCUCAAAUUAAUAAGAAUUGUUGUAUUAACAAAUUUUUGAAGCGCACAUAUUUUUCAAGCUAAUAUAAAAA